AUGGAAACAAUUUCCAGGAUAUCCUCGAUGCUGGAAACAGCUCGAGAGCUCACAUUAGAAGCUGCCCAGUCCGCUGCUAUCAAUCGGACCUCAGGAACGGACUAUUCUUCGCGAACUUACAGCCCCGCGCACAUCAAGAAGCUCCUUGACAGUCGCCAUGAGCGGGAGGUCCUGGAUGGAAUGCGGAGGGUGAUCUCGUUGAUGUACCGGUCCGAACCCUCUCUUACUUUCUUUUCAGCAGUUGUCAAGAAUGUAGCCAGCGCCAACCUUGAAGUCAAGAAAUUGGUUUACAUCUACUUGGUCCAUCAUGCGGAGGCGGAGCCGGAUCUGGCACUACUGUCCAUCAACGCGAUCCAGAAAUCGCUGACCGAUUCAAGCCCACAGGUUCGAACAAUGGCGCUUCGGACUAUGUCAGGAAUCCGGGUUCCGGUGAUCAGCCAGAUUGUGUCGCUGGCCAUCAAGAGAGGAUGUGGGGAUAUGAGUCCACACGUGCGCAAAGCUGCCGCUUUGGCUAUUCCAAAGUGUUAUCGUCUGGACCCGAACACGCUGCCACAGCUGAUGGGGUAUCUUGAGACCCUUUUGGGUGAUUCUCAAUACUUCGUCGUCGGCCCCGCAGUCGCGGCAUUCUUGGAUCUGUGCCCGGAUGAGAUUGAUCUAGUCCACAAGCACUAUCGCAGCUUAGUCAAGAAGCUGGUUGACAUGGAUGAAUGGGGCCAGCUAGCAACGUUGCGCCUGUUGACGUUUUAUGCGCGAAAAUGUUUCCCUCAACGAACUCAGAAGGUCAAGCGCACAGCCCCGGAGGCAUUCUACGACGAUGAAAAGCAGCAACAGGAGGCCCAGGAUGAUGCUGAAGAGUAUGAAGUACCGGUAAUGGAUCCUGAUCUUGAGCUUCUACUCCGAGCCUGCAAGGUUCUACUGCAGAGCCGAAACUCCGCUGUCAUUGUCAGCGUUGUCCGUUGCUUCCUUUACCUUGCUCCAUCAGAAUAUAUCGCGUCAGCAGUUGGCCCCCUUGUGGCUCUUUUACGAACCCCGCAGGACAUGCAACUCAUCGCUCUGUACAACAUUGUUGCCGUUGCUCUAAGGGUUCCCAAGCCUUUUGCGAAAUACACGGCCCAUUUCCUUGUCCACGCCAACGACCCGCCGCAUAUCUGGCGCCUCAAACUGGAGGUGCUAACCAUCUUGUUCCCGCAUUGCGGAAAACAUUGGAAGGGGGUCAUCAUCAGCGAGCUAGAGCACUUCUCUAAAGGCACAGACCCCGAGUUGGUAAGAGAGAGUGUACGGGCCAUUGGUCGUUGCGCGCAAGGGGAUACAAGUACCGCAGGCAUGUGCCUAAGGAUCCUUCUCGGCCAGAUAUCUAGUCCAGACGGCAACCUCGUAUCAGAGUCACUGACUGUCAUUCGUCACUUGAUCCAACAAGACCCAUCCUCACAUAAAAAGACUGUUCUCCAGCUCGUCAAGCACCUGGGUUCAACAACCCAUCCAGACGCUAGAGCUACCAUUAUCUGGCUCGUUGGCGAGUUCGCUGGAAUUGACCCAGAGAACAAUAUCGCGCCUGAUGUCCUCCGCAUAUUGAUCAAAGGAUUUGCCGAUGAAAAUGAGAUUGUCAAACAGCAGGUUGUUCUUCUCGUCAGAACAACUUGCAUCGUUAUCAUUCCCGAAGCCCCUGCCAAACCCCAACAAGAGUUUCAGAACGAAUGGUCUGACAAUGGGAAUGAGGAAUCGCAAGAUACCAAGCGAACUGAAGAGGGAGAGGAAACAGAAGAAGCGACAGAAGACCGUAUUACGUUAUUAUGGAGGUAUAUCCUCCUUCUUGCACGUUAUGACACCUCCUAUGACCUACGUGAUCGUGCACGUCUCUACAAGAGCCUCUUGGAAACACCUUCUUCCACUCAACUUGCCAACCUCCUUCUCCUGGCACCAAAGCCGGUACCUCACGCCCCCAGCCCAUCCGAGACACGCAAAGACCUGCUCAUCGGCUCCGCCACUCUCGUCGUCGGCUCCGACGCUGGCUACCACGGUCUUCGAGGCUACACGAAUCUCCCAGACUGGGUUGAGCUAGGCCAAGAACCCGACCCCAGUCUCCGCACCGAAGAUGUGAAACCAGACACAUCCAGCAACACCACCUCCAUGACUGCAGCUGGGAAGAAGACUCUUGACCAAUGGCUAGAAGAGGAAGAGGAAGAAACUGAGACAGAGUCUGAAACGGAUUCCGAGGAAGAGGAAACUGAUUCGGAGGAAGAGGAGACGGACUCGGAAGAAGAGUCAGGCUCGGAGGAGGAAGAUGAUGAGUCUGAAGAAGAGACUGAUUCUGAAACUGAAGCUGUCCAUAAAGAGGCACAGCAGUUGCUUGAAGGCAAGAUAAUUCAAAUCGUCACAGACGGCUCACCUACCGCCACAGAUGACCUCCCUGAAGAAAAUGUGAUCGACCUGAGCGGUAAAUACCUGUGCCCGGGCCUGAUCGAUUGCCAUGUCCACGUCGCAGUAGUCCCCGGCGAAGCCGAUCUACGAGCCUACAAAGAGAUGAGCGAGCGAGUCAGUCUCCUGCGGCAGCCAUACGUGCUGAAGUCCAUGCUAGACCGCGGUUUCACUUCAAUCCGGGAUUGUGGCGGCGCAUGCCUCGCAAUCAAGGAAGCCGUCGAGGACGGUGUGAUUCCAGGCCCUCGUCUCUUCAUCGCUGGACACGCACUCUCCCAAACCGGUGGACACGGCGACUUGCGCGUGUCCCACGACACCCAGUUCUGUUGCGCCGGCUCCAUCUCUGGAAUCAGCAGGAUUGUCGACGGCCCUGCGGAGUGUUACAGAUAUGCGCGCGAGGAGCUGCGCCAGGGAGCGGACUUUAUCAAGAUCAUGGGCGGUGGUGGUGUUGCCAGCCCCACGGACCGUAUUGAACAUGUGCAGUUCUCAGAUGAGAUUAGGGCCAUUGUCACUGUUGCACGAAAUGCAGGUACAUAUGUUACGAGCCAUAGCUACACGCCGUCGGCGAUUCAGCAGGCUAUCAAGCUCGGAGUGCGCGGUAUCGAGCACGGGAAUCUUAUUGACCUCAAGACGGCGAAGAUGAUGGCUGAGAUGGAUGUCUUCUUGACCCCAACGCUCAUUACGCAUGUCAUGUCCAAGGAAAUGAACUUCCUAUCUGCUGAUGGCGCUGCUAAGAAUGAGGAGGUUCUUGAGAAGGGAUUGGAGGCAAUGAAGAUGGCUGUCGAUGCGGGCGUGACCGUCUGCUUUGGGACUGAUCUUCUUGGUCCGAUGCAUUUUGCUCAGAGCAAGGAGUUCUCGGUGCGCAGUUCGGUUUUGACUCCAGUGCAGAUUCUGCGCAGUGCUACUGUCAAUGCUGCUCGUCUUGUUAUGCAGGAACAUAGGUUGGGUCAGAUUCAUGAGGGAUUUGUGGCGGAUCUUUUGAUCUUGAAGGAAAAUCCGUUGGAGGAUAUCACUAUCCUGGAUCGAGUGGAGGAGCACAUUCUGACUGUGAUUAAGGAUGGGAGGGUUGCCACUUCUCGGUGGGACAAAGUCAACGUAGAUCUUUGA